GGUGAGUGCAGCCGUGGCGCACAAACAUCUGCUGAUCGCUGUAAGCAAAACAACAAAAUCGUGCACAACGAACGCACGUGUUUAUCGUCAUGCCAGCUUCCACGCAUGCUUCCGGGCAGAGGGACCACCAGGACACAUACAAAUUACAGGAUGAACAUGUGCAAAUUUCAGAAAAGAAAGACAGUAAAGCACUGGGGAAGAGACCCUCUGAAGCAGACAAGGCCCACCACUGGCCAAUAUUAAGUGCAAAUGCAGCACAUAUUAUUGCUGCCAUACUUGUUGUCAUCCUGGCAGUCAUUGCUACCAAUACUGGCACAUUAAACUCUGAUAUGCUGAAGAAGCAGCUACAGAUAGUUUGGGAGAAGUACAUCCUGUUUUGGCGGAGUGCGCCGGCCGGCCACGGCCAGCCCCUCGGCCACCACCAGCCACCGCUGGCCGAACCCAUCGACGUGCUGGAGGAGUUCCCGCAUCCGGAGGAGUUUUAUCGACGCUACUUGAAACCACGGCGUCCGGCCAUCUUCCGCGGUCUGGCCCGGCUGCAUCCAGCCUUCCAGCGCUGGACUGACGACUACCUGAGGAAAGAGUUCGGCAACAAGGCUGUUGAAGUCGAAGCCAAGAAAAAAGAAGAGAGAGGAAAAGGAUUACUCGACAUGAAUUUUGCACAAUUUCUGUCCAUAUACAGCAAAGAAGACUGCUACAUGGUCGACAGUGUAUCGGAAGAAAUGCAAGGGGACCUGAUCGUGCCGCGCAGCAUACAGUGCGGUGGUCUGCAGCACAUGCUGACGGACGUGGUGCUCUGGUUCAGCAGUGGCGGCACGCGCUCCGUCCUCCACUACGACGAGCUGGACAACAUCAACUGCGUGCUCGACGGCUCCAAGCAGUUCUUUCUCGUGGACGCGGAGCAUGAAGCGAAGCAUGAAUAUAUUGAUCACAUGGAAGGACGCUAUUCUUCCGUGGAUGUGCAGCACGUUGACAUGUAUAAAUUCCCAGGUCUCCGGGACGUCCCCUGGUAUAACGUGACUCUAGAGAAGGGUGACUGCUUCUACCUGCCGUACAAAUGGCCUCACCACGUGCGCUCCUCCAAUACCAGGAACAUGGCUGUGAACUUUUGGUUCGCCCGCAUGCUGUGGAUGAACCAGACCGACUGUGCGGGCAAACAGCUGAGCCACGUGACCAGCAUGGCCGACUUCAUCACGCGAGAGCCGGCCUCCUUUCACAAGGCCGACAUCAUAACCCAAGCGGAGGGGUACGAGCAAAUGACGCUGCACUCCUUCGCUGGCGUCUUCUCAAAGUACAUGACUGAUGGACCCAACGCCACCAAGCGGGCGUUCGACACUCUAGACGCAGACGGCGACGGCCUGCUGGACAUCGCAGAGAUGUACGCCUACGACACGGCGCGCUUCCUCCGUCUCUUCCGGAGCUUCCCCAUGGAAGACUGAACUGAGGCCAGACGCGGGCUGCGGGGGAGGCCAGGCGGGGGCUGCGGAGGAGGCCCGGUUCCGGGCUGAAGGGGAGGCCAGACGCGGACUGCGGGGGAGGCCGGAUGCGGGCUGAGGAGGAGACGAAAGCGGGACGAGCGUGACUGGUGGGGUGAUGGCGCCCCCGUAGAGGUGUCUGGACUCCGGGUAGACGGACCACAUGUGGAGGUGCGUCUAGUAGCUGUGACGCCUACGUUUGUGGUGCGGGUAAUUCUACGCCAUUUGGUCUGGAAAGUAUGUGGAUGGACGAUGUCUUUCCUCUGGGAAUCUCGCUUUCCUCUGAGCUUGUUGAGACAGUCUGUCUCACUGAUGCGUGGUGCAUUCGUAGAUGACCUUUAUCUUUAGAGACAACAGGGGCAGGGAUGUUAUCACAUAAAUGGGUUCUGUAAGAGCAUCAGUGGGGCUGUUGACAGUUGAAGGUGUUUGGGCUUUCUUUUAUUCCGUCCCACUUUCUAGUACUGCCUGCUAAUGUUCUCCGUACAUCAGUAUCUGGGGCAUUGUGAAAUGUGUGGGUGGUCAGUUUGCUGCGGCUUCCAGUGUGAUAUCCUCUUGUUAAGAGUCAUGCAUUUCCUUAAUAACUGCUCAGCAGCUUGUCGUUGGCCUACUGAAGUUGGGGUCUGUUAUUACGAUAAGUAAGAAUACAUAUGAUUUGAUUUGA